UUUCCGUAAACAAUUUAAAACAGCCCCCAGUGUUACAGUUGUAGUUAGAUAAAUACACUGGCUGUUAAAAGCUCGUUGUAGCUCACCUUUACUAUUUGAAUGUAUUUUGUACUGCUUUCUGUGUUGGCUUGUUUAUCCGCAUGUCGUUGUCUGGUCGAGCAGGAUGAGAACAAUGAGGACCACUGUGGUCUGCUGAAGCAGCUGCUUGAAUCCUCACCGGUUUCAGUGGAGAUCAACAAGAAGGGUUUUCACAGGGAGCUGGUAACCACUGUUGAGCUCAUCCCAGAUGUGCCCAGUGGGGUCAGAGUUUUGCUGGUUCAGAGAUGGCCCAGAGGUGUCUAUCUUGAUCCAUACCAACUUGCAUCUCUGAGUGAUCAACGUGAUUGGCAGAUAUUACUGGAUUCAGGCAUAGACCUUGAGGUGCCUGCUCACAAGACUUCAGGAUUUGUCACCUAUGUUUAUCCCACCCCUGAUGGACCAACUCCCAGCCUGGUAAAAGUAACAAUUCCCGUACAUGGUCGCUACCACGAGCCUUCUUUUGACGGGAAAACAUUCACAUCAGUCGACAUAGAACCUCCAGAGCUGCUGCUGCGGACUGAAAAAUGUGCGCAGCUCAACAACUUAGAGCCUCAUAUUGUCGUGGACGCCCCCUGUACUCCUGACAAUUCAAGCACAUGUCCAUGGGUUAAACUCCUGCAUCAGCAGGAGCAAGGCUCCGGGGGUUUCCAGUUUCCGGUUGGUGACGGGUCUUUGGUGACGCCUGUAUGCGGUGGAACUCUUCUAGUCACAAUGAUCUGCUGUGUGGCACUGUCUAAAUACAUGUGGGAACAUCGAAUCAUUUAGACAGGGAUGGUCUACAUAUCUUGUGUUAAACAGCUCAAGCUUAUAGUUCUGUCUGAUACCAGGAUCCUUCUGACAUCACUAGGAUCAAAGUCUUAAAUCAGUCCAGGUUCCUGUGUGUGUCUUUUAUAUAUUUUAAUAAAUAAAAAUAAUAAUAUGCAAA